AUGUCUAAUCACCCUUUCGGAAAGGUCUCCUACUCCGAGCUCGAGCUUCAAAGGUGCUUUGAAAUCGUACAAGGCGAUACCAAGGUACCUCAAGCAAAAUGCCUCGGAUGCUUGAAAAUUCGCGCCAAAAACACGACACGUCAGAGUGAGCAUGUUAAUAAAUGCACGAAAGCACAGGCUCUGAUGGAUCCUGAGACCGUCACAGGAAAGAAACAGAAGCUGCUAAGCUUUUCUGCUUCUCAGCCAUCUCGAGGUAUUGAUCAGCUAAUAGCCCAGGUCUGCUUUACUGGGGCUAGGCCCUUUAAUCUCUUCGAACAGCAGGAGAUGCGAGAUCUUAUUCAUGCGUUAAGCCCAACGUACCAAAUCCCUUCCCGCCAACGAAUUGCCGAUGAUCUGCUGGAUGAAGCAUAUAAUGAACUACAGGAGGAGGUGCUGAAGGAACUACGGAGAACCGAGUUCCUGAAUAUCACGGUGGAUGAGACCACUAAUAUUCGAUCCCAGCGGGUGAUUGUGAUGACUAUAUCAACACCAACGAAGUCAUGGUUUAUCCACCUGAAUGAUAUAGAAGAUAGGACUCUUGAUGCCCCUGCUAUUAGUAGUUGGGUCUUGAAUAGCCUUCAACAUCUCCUACUCCAGCUGGAUAAAAUGGUUGACUGGAAGAGAAUCAAUUCUAUCUCGACUGACACAUGCGCUGUUAUGAAAUCGGUCUGGGAGAAGCUGGAGAACACACCAGAGCUUAGACACUGCUUUAUGAUUCCUUGUGACUCUCACGGGCUUCAGCUAAUUAUGAAGGACAUUGUUGAUUCUAAGGGUUCAAAGGUUCCACAGGCCGGGGAGGUCUUUAGGUUAGCGCUUGAAUUAGUGGUCUUCUUCCACCACUCACCACUCGAGUACGCAAGGAUGCAAGCAAAGCAGAUUGAGAAGUGGGGUUAUAGAAAAGCUCUUAUUGCGUCGGUCAUCACAAGAUGGGGAACGCAAUAUAAUAUGCUAUCCUCCCUUCACGACUGCCAAGAGGCUAUCUGCGAAUGGACACUCAUAACUCCUACUACUUCGACUGCUAGGGGACGACAGAUUAUUCGGAUAGCCAACUCUCACUUGUUCUGGUGGCAGCUAAAGGAGUUGAUUAAAAUCCUCAAGCCUCUGCAUAUUGCCCAAAAAGAAUCCGAAGCUCAGAACUCGUCGAUCAUGGAGGUAACGCAGCGGUGGCUAGAUCUUCAUGAAGAUCUACGAAUAUUGGCCUCCCAAACAUCUCUUAAGGACGAUUUCUUAUCCUAUUUGGAUGGUAUAGGCUGGCAAAGUCGAAUACUACGUCAGCUAGAGCCUAUUCACUGGGUAGCCUAUCACCUGGACCCUUCUAGAGUCCCUGGGAAAGUUGACCAAAGCUCUCGAAAUUAUAUCGAAGAUGUCCUGCGGCCUCUACAGAAUGACGAUAAAAGCUCUUCCGCUUGGCAUGAAUUUCUGUCAUUCAGGCAGAGAACGGGCGCUUUUUAUAAUGCCUCCUGCUGGAAGGCCCAGAGCCCAUCUCUCUUUUGGCUUGAGGCAGAGGACUAUGCUCCGCUUCUUGCACCCUUUGCUCGUCGUCUCUGCAAUACUGUAGCGAAUUCAGCGGCAGCGGAGAGAGCCUUUUCGCAAAUGAACCUUCAACAUACAAAAGUCCGAAAUAGACUCGAGCCUCACCGCGUUGAAAAGUUACUUUUCGUGCAGAUUAAUAAACGACAAUUCCGGGCAGAACGGCCACCCGAAGUCUCGCAAGAAUCACUCCUUCAAGAAGAGGAUGACGAGAUAGAGAGGGUUUUGCAACGAAACCGAGUGCUAGACGAUCUAUCAGAGGGCUUAGGCCAACCACCAGAUCAACCACCAGAGCAACCACCAGAGCAACCAUCAGAGCAACCAUCAGAGCAACCACCAGAGCAACCACCAGAGCAACCAUCAGAGCAACCACCAGAGCAACCAUCAGAGCAACCACCAGAGCAACCACUAGAGCAACCACUAGAGCAACUACCAAAUCCUGAAUCAAAUUCAACAUUAAUCUCCAAAACGACUUCCAACUUCGGAGCCUCCUUCCAGUCCUUCAACGGAAUCCACAACAAAUUCAGGUUCAGCUCAUCUUAUGCGGACGAGGUCGAAGCGUGUAUUUGA